AUGGGCGUGAAUACAGAAGCGACAGUGUCACCGCCCUGGAGUGUGAUCGAGUUCACCUUUCAUAGCCAGCAUACAGACACAGAGUUUGUAGUAAUGUGCAACUACCGCCAGUUCAUUAUUUCCGCAUCCGCAGACAGCUUCUCCCAGUCAUCGGCCUUGCGAAAUAAAUAUCUAUUCUUUUUAAAAGUUGCCGAUAACUAUGAGCUCGACGGGUAUACUCUGGAAGACUUUUACGACUGGAUUGUCGCCCCCCUGCUGCCCAAAUUUAGAGAGGUGCCAGAGAUCACUUCAACCCUGACACUUCAACACUUUCUUUUCCCUGAGACAUGCAGAUAUGAUAUCCAGGGAGACGGAGAACAGCUGGUUGCCUCAGCGUCUACUGAUAGUAGCGAGGUGAACCCCAUGUUCGGCAUCCAGCUACCAGAAGAGAGUUGCGCGCCUUGGCAUCAUUUCGACCCUAAGGAUAUCCAGCUGCCCAGGAAGAAGAACGAGCACGGGCCACCAUCAUAUCUGCCUUCCAGAGUUCUUUUGAAGGACGGAAAUGCCGCCUUUUUCAAGCCAAUGAGGUGGGGAGACCAGAAAACGUUCAUGAACGAGCUUGAGAAAUACAAGAACAUUCGCGACGCCCACCUUGACGAAUCGCUUCGAAUCUCACGCCUGAUUGGCCUGGUACGAGAUGGAACUGGUCCGGUCUUUGGCUUGCUCUUGACCUAUAUAGAUUGCGGUCGUAAGACCUUGCUGUGCGCAGCAGGACCGGACAUAUCGAGGGAGCUCAAACAAUCCUGGGCUCAGCAGGUCCACGACGCAGUUCAGCAACUGCAUGCUGCUGGUAUUAUUUGGGGCGAUGCGAAGCCGGAUAAUGUCCUUGUUGACAGAAAGAACGAUGCAUGGCUGAUUGAUUUUGGUGGAGGCUAUACAAAUGGCUGGGUGCCCAAGGAACUAGCGGGAACCGUAGAGGGUGAUUUACAGGGCUUGAAGAGGAUUAAUGAGUUCUUACUUAAUGGAAGUCUGUGA